UGAGCGUGUAGGCGUAGGCGGGAUUUCCUCUGUUGUUUGAAUUCCGGAAGUGUUUGGAAACAUUAGCAGCAGGUUGACGCAUCCGUGUGAGGUAACAGGCGCUUGUGUUCUGCUGUAAUUCGCGGAUUAUGAGCCCGCGGGACGGAGGUGCGAGCUGAUGCUGCCGUCACUCUGCUAUUGUUUGUUUUGUUGUUUAGGAUUUGAUUCAGCUUGCAGAAGGAAUGUCAGGAAAAGAUAAAAUCCCAAUCUGAUCUCUGUAGUCAAGUCAAGUCACUGAUGUGCUGUCAAUUUACAGUUGACUGCAUAUUAAAAUGGAGUUAACGUGAAGCAUCUAUAUGGGCCAUCUUCUCUCCAAGAAUGCUCACAGCCUGAAGAAAACACGGAAGCUGCGCAAGAAGAAGAAGAAAAGGAACUGCUUCCUUCAGGGGCCCUGCAUGCUGUGCUUCAUCGUCCACGGCAACAGCGGGAGCGUCGAAGACAAUUGGCCCUUCGAGAGCGGUCGCGGUGGCUGCGCGGCCGCGGCUGCGUCCAAAAUCGCCGAGCGUUACGCUGCGUUGAACUCGCCAGAAGACUGCACCAAGUUCGUCCUGUCUCAACGGGCCCUCUGGGAGGCCCAGGGCAGAAUUUUGCUGUCCACGGUGCCGGCCAAGCUAAUCGGGCCCCCGGCGCUGUACUGCGCUGUCGUCCCAGCCGCAGACUAUUCAGAAAUGGUGUGUAAGCGCAAGAGCGCUGAGCUGCAGCGGUGCACGCCCCGCAAGCAGCCCCGCUGUGCCUUCCAGGAGUCAAUGGAGAACAGGGAAGAGAGAGAAGACGCCUCCUCUCCGGAUGAUCGGUGUCUCCUACCCUCGCUCUGCCCUUUGCCUUCAUCCUCCUCCUCCUCGUCUCACUCAGAAGAGAACGGGUGCGGCGCGGGGUCAGACGUGGCCGGUGGUGCCAGCUCCUCCUCCGCUUGCUGCCUGCUGUCUCAGAACGAAGCGUCAGAGGAGGGAAAAAGUCCUGAAGGUCCAGAACAAUCUCACAUUAACCAGCUGCCCUCAUCCAUACUGCUUAAGGUAUUUUCUCACCUGUCAGUGAAGGAGAGAUGUUUAGGAGCGUCUCUGGUGUGUAAAUACUGGCGUGACCUCUGCUUAGACUUCCAGUUCUGGAAGCAAAUCGAUCUUAGUGGCCUUCAGCAGGUUAAAGAUGAUCUUCUGGUAAAGAUAGCAUCUAGAAGACAGAACGUUACUGAGAUCAACAUCUCCGACUGCCGGAACGUUCAGGAUCAUGGCAUUUGUACGCUGGCUUCGAACUGUACAGGUCUGGUUAAAUACACGGCAUACCGGUGUAAACAGCUCAGUGAUGUGUCUCUGUGCACUGUGGCCGUCCACUGCCCACUUCUGCAAAAAGUUCAUGUUGGAAACCAGGACAAACUCACAGAUGAAGCUCUUAAACUGUUGGGCAAACACUGCAGAGACCUGCGGGACGUUCAUUUUGGACAGUGUUACAGCAUCAGUGAUGAUGGGCUGGUGGCGCUGGCUCAGGGCUGCUCCAAACUUCAGAGAAUCUACAUGCAAGAAAACAAACUGGUGACGGAUAAAUCUGUGCAGGCGUUUGCUGAGAACUGUCCUGAGCUGCGCUUCGUUGGUUUCAUGGGCUGUUCAGUGACAUCACAGGGUGUCAUCCACCUGACCCGGCUUCAGGAUCUAAACAGUUUGGACCUGCGACACAUUUCAGAGCUGAACAAUGAGACGGUGAUGGAGGUGGUGAGAAAGUGUCGUAAUCUGACGUCUCUGAACCUCUGCCUUAACUGGACCAUCAAUGACAGAUGUGUUGAGAUCAUCGCUAAGGAGGGUCGUAGUUUAAAGGAACUCUAUCUGGUGUCCUGCAAAAUCACAGAUCACGCUUUGAUUGCCAUUGGUCAGUACAGCAGCACUAUAGAGACGGUGGACGCUGGCUGGUGUAAGGAGAUCACGGAUCAAGGUGCCACUCAGAUCGCCAGCAGCAGUAAAUCUCUACGUUACUUGGGUCUGAUGAGGUGUGAUAAGGUGAACGAGGAGACAGUGGAGAGAUUGGUGCUGCAGUAUCCACACAUUGUGUUCAGUACAGUGAUGCAGGACUGCAAGAGAACGCUGGAACGAGCCUAUCAGAUGGGCUGGAACCCCAACACAUCCACCACAUCCUAACACACACACACACACACACACACACACACACACACACACACACACACACACACACACACACACACACACACACACGUGUCGUAUGACGAUGUGCUGUUUAUUUUGCCUUCCUUUCUAAAGCAUCAUUAUGCAGCAGUAAUAUUAUUAGAUGUGAAUGUGAAGCGUCUGCUGGUUGGUUAUUCUGACUCAAAGGAGAUCUUUUAGCUACUGCAUCGUUUCACCACAAAAUCCAAAGAAGAACUUUGAACCACUAAGAAUUUUUGUAUUAUAUAUCAUUUUCAUGACAAUUCAUUUUUUCUAAAUUCUCUUUACUGUAAAGCCAAAACAAUCAUCUCGUAACUCCACAUUUUCAAACGUGAGCAGUUUUUUACUCUCAUAAAGUUACUGUACUGAACUAGCAUGAGCUGAAUAAACUCUUUAUUUGAAAUCAUUUAUCCUAAUGAGAUUAUAUUGGUUGUCUUCAUUGUCAUGACAGUAAAAUAAUAAUGCAGAAAGUCUUUAGUAUGAGAAGUGUCAGAUUUCUUCUUUUAUUGAUUUUGUGGUAAAAUUUGAUCUGGACUCACACGAUUUACACUUUCAAUUUGUUUCUAGUUUGCAUUCAGUUUGAUGUGUUUUUCUCUCUCUCUCAGUACUGAAUACUGAAUAAAGACUGAAAUGACAGUAGUUUAAAUCGUACCUUCAGUCAGGAGUAAGUGAUGGGACAUUAAGAUCCUCCAGCAUGUUGUGUUUUCGUGUGUUAGACUCUGAAUAUGUUGGUGUUUGUCAUUGACAGACUAUUUCAACAGACACAUUCACACUGAUCAGAUGCUAGAUUUGAGUUUGUGUAUACUGUAUGUGAUCUAGAUAUCUAACUAUGGAAAGCACUGUUGUAGGACAGGAGCGUAGCGUGUAACACCUUCACUCAUCGUUUGGUUUGGUUUGGUUUGAAGAUGUUGAUGUUUACUCUUGUGAAACUGUAACUAGUGAUUUGGAGUUUGUUUGUUUGUUUGUUUGUUUUGGAUGUAAAAUGAUGUAGGUUGUUAUUUUGUUUUCCUUUAUUUUUCUUCUAUACUGUGCACCGUAUGGAAGUUUGCAUAACCUAUGAAUAUUUGAUGAAUCCAGGCUGUGAUGUAUUCGCCUGAGAGACUCUGUAUGAACUAGAGAGGUUAGUUAACUCGCUCAUCUACCCGUCUGCUGUUACAUCGCUUGCCUGUAGUAUUUCCUCAUUUAAACUACCAGGGUAUUUUUAUAUGGUAUGAAAUAGCUGAAGCCUGUAGCAGUCACACAUGUGAACGGUCAGCGUAUCUUUUACUGUACCUGGGCAUUUGAGUCAAUAAAAAACCCAAUUGUA